CUGCCUCCACCCAAGUGGGUGGGGACCCCUCCCAGCCCGGGCGGCUGCGGCUGCUCCCGCUGCCCCUCCCUGACCCUCCCACCCCGGCUCCCAGCCUCUACUUACCCCGCCAGCCCCGGGGAGGCUCGCAGAGCGAGCGGCGCCGGCGUCAUGUGACUGCCCGGAGUUGGUGCCAAGGAGCCAGAGGGGAGCCGGGAGCCGAGCCGCGCGGAGCCGCGGCCGGAGCGCAGUGCGAGCGCCACCCGAGCCGACCCCACCCGCGCGUCCGUGCUGUCGCGGUCCCUGUCCCCGACGCCGUCCGGCCCGAAGCGCUUGACCUGCCGGCCCGCGGUGUUCCGGGCGCCGGGGAGCCGGGCCUGGGUUUCUUGGCCGCUGCGCUCGGCACCGCGCUUGGCAGAGCCAGACAUCAGAACACCCUAGAAGGCAUAACUGAAAGGAUGCUCAUGUUUGACCCGGUCCCUGUCAAGCAAGAGGCCAUGGACCCCAUCUCCGUGUCCUAUCCAUCGAAUUACAUAGAAUCGAUGAAGCCCAACAAAUACGGGGUCAUUUACUCCACACCUUUACCUGACAAGUUCUUCCAGACCCCAGAAGGCCUCACUCACGGGAUACAGGUGGAGCCAGUGGAUCUCACUGUGAACAAGCGGGGCUCCCCACCCUCUGCGGGCGGCUCGCCUUCCUCUCUGAAAUUCCCAUCCCACCGGAGAGCAUCGCCGGGGCUCAGCAUGCCCUCCUCCAGCCCGCCCAUUAAGAAAUACUCACCCCCUUCUCCUGGAGUGCAGUCCUUCGGAGUACCACUGUCUAUGCCGCCUGUGAUGGCAGCUGCGCUAUCCAGACAUGGAAUCCGGAGCCCGGGCAUCCUCCCUGUCAUCCAGCCUGUCGUGGUCCAGCCUGUCCCUUUUAUGUACACAAGCCACCUGCAGCAGCCUCUUAUGGUCUCCUUGUCAGAAGAGAUGGACAAUUCAAACAGCGGCAUGCCAGUACCUGUCAUUGAAUCAUAUGAGAAGCCCAUAUUACAGAAAAAAAUUAAAAUAGAACCUGGAAUUGAGCCACAGAGGACUGACUAUUACCCCGAAGAAAUGUCACCCCCUUUAAUGAACUCAGUGUCCCCCCCGCAAGCGCUGUUGCAAGAGAACCAUCCUUCCGUCAUCGUGCAGCCUGGGAAGAGACCUCUACCUGUGGAAUCCCCGGAUACCCAGAGGAAGCGCAGGAUACACAGAUGCGACUAUGAUGGGUGCAAUAAGGUCUACACUAAGAGCUCACACUUGAAAGCACACAGAAGAACUCAUACAGGAGAAAAGCCCUACAAAUGCACCUGGGAAGGCUGCACGUGGAAGUUCGCUCGGUCUGAUGAACUGACGAGACAUUUCCGAAAACACACUGGAAUCAAACCUUUCCAGUGUCCAGACUGUGACCGAAGCUUCUCUCGCUCCGACCACCUUGCCCUACACAGGAAACGACACAUGCUAGUCUGAAAGCCUGUUUCCAGCUCCGUGUGGUUCCCUGCUCUUCCUGGCACCUCUCUCUCUCUCUUUCUCUCUUUCUCUCUCUCUCUCUCUCUCUCUCUCUCUCUCUCUCUCCUCCUUCUGCCCGUUACCUAACUCAUUUUUAUAUGUACAUUUUAAUUUCGAUUCAGCUGGUCUGGAUCUCUGAAUUUAUAUCAUUCAAGACUUCCAUGUGGUCAGUAGUUGAUACUCUAACCCUCCCUUUCCUUACCACGGGUCAGACCUAAAGAAUGUGAACAUUUUUUUUCUGGGGAUGCUAAGCAAACCCUCCUUAUAGAUAUACAUUUAGUGUAAUGAGAACAAGGGAACAUGUAAACUCACGACCAAUUUGUCGGUUUCUCCAUGUAUUCCUCAAAAGAAUGUCCAAGUAAAUGUAUUAGAAAUACAGUAUCCAGCCUGCUAGUCCUUGCCAGAGACCUUCAACCUUCUGCCACAUUUUGUGUUUGACGACAGAAAGAAUGCAGUCCCUUUUACCAGCUAGCAAGACCCACGAGAUGUCAAGCUGGUCCCACCUUUUCUCCUUUGCCCUCCCCACGAUUCACUUGUUACCCUGGCUUACCAACUCAGCUAAAUCAAGUCCUUUGUCCUCUGUGGCACCUGAAGCUCAUGUGGAGGGCUUUGACAUCCCUGGGAGCUGAGCAGGAGCUGUUACCUUAGGAGGGCCGUGUGCUCCCAUAGUUUGAGGAAGAAGCAGAAGUUAUUGGGAAUGGAGGAGGAAGUCAGCAAUUCCUGGCUAGGACCAGCUGGACCAUCAACGUCUGGGCCAUUCACAUGAGCUGUGCAGUGCGUUUGUUAAAUGUCCGUCCCCAGGCAUCACUUGGCUGAGCACACCUUUGCUACAAAGCUGGAUACCAAGAGGGUUAGACGUGCCACCACCUCCAUUCCUGCAGGAUCCUUCAUUGUCAAUCGGGAAGCCUUGAGAGUAAGGAAUCCACAGAAAUAUUUGCCCAGCAAUGUAAAAAGAAACAAAAACUUCUGAGACAGAGUAUAAAAUGGUCUCUUCUGCCCCGCCCCGCCCCCCCCCCAACCUACUAAGAGUGUUUUGCAAACAGGAAAACAUUGAGUGGUACUUAUAUUCCCAUAUCCAAUGAGUCACAUAGCUUUCAUAUGGAGCUUUUCUGUGUGAGCUGUAUGGUGCCAAACCAGCUAUCAUUUGUGUCUAUGACACAUAGUAUAAAAGAGCAUCCAGUAAGCUUGAGCAAAGUCACUCAAUUAAGACCUGAGUGACAGAAUUUGUAAAUAUACCUAGUGUGAAGCACAUAGAUCUUUAUUUUGGUGACAGAUUUUUUUUUUUGAAAAAUAGAGAAAAACCACAAUUCAGGGAUUUAUAUAUGUAGCUUGAAGAUUCCCACAAGUUUCUACCAGAGCUAGCAAUUUCCUGUCGGCUACCAGGUACCCUCUUAGGACAAACUAAAAGCAAUGGCUCGUGCUGAUGUUGCAGAUAAACAGCACCAUUAUUCAGGACGUUCUUUUUCAAAAGCAGGCUUUUGAACACCACAGUCUAAAUGCCAACAAAAACAGUUCACAUGCAGAAAUGUCACUGGUUACAAAUUUGAAAAACAAAAUGGUCAGAUAAUGGCUGCCUAUGACCAAUAGUCCCUUCAUCCCCUCACAAAAGAUGGAGGAGGAGAGAGUUGGGAAUCCUGAACAUUCAUCCCAGCCACAACUCAGGAUCCAGCACUACCUGAACUGGAUCAACCCUGCGUGAUUGCUCUUGCACAUCGGCAAAUGAGAGGUCUUGGAGGCCUGCACUUGCAGGGAGCUUGCUUGGAUGACCCUAUGUUCACAGUCGUGAGGACGGCACUCCAGAGGUCCUGCUCAGCCUCGUGAACCAGCUGAGGGGGAAUGUGGGUGAGAACUGCAAAGAAAUGUUAUCUCGGCUCUUGGGUUCCUUUUCUUUCCUUUUUUAGCACUGCAGAAAAAAGAAAAAAGAAAAAAGUCUAUUCAGGCUAAUAAAGCAUGCCAAUUAGGCCCUUGCAUUUCUCUUUGUUUGCAACUAUGAUAUGAAUUGAGGAGUGGAAUGUCUCUUGGGAAGGCACGGUCUCCCUUGUCCAUGUGCCAUUGUGGUCAUGCUACCGCCAUCAUGUCUUGAAGUGGUUCCCCUGCAGAGCACUGAAGAGUCCCAUUUGGUGUUUGUUCCAACUUGUGUGCUCCAACCCAGUGAGAGGAAGCUUUGCUUCAAACCAGAGUACUUAAUAGCUCUAUGACGUAUUUAAAUUUUGUUCAAAAGUCUUUAUUAUAUUACUUUUUAGCUUGCUUAGAUCAUGUUAACAAAAAGAUCCAUUUAACUCUGAAAGAAAAGUAACCCAGAGAAGCCAUUCUCUAUUCCCAUGCUAGUCUGAUAUACUUUAGUUAAUUGGCCCUUACCAAAUUUCCUUUAUAUAUGUAUAUGUAUGUAUGUAUGUACGUAUGUAUUUGUAUUUUACUAUGAUAGUUGAGAAAUUUAGUCUCUUAGCGAUUUUUUUGUUUGGUUGUUUGGUUGGUUUUUUUGUUUUGUUUUGUUUUCUUUUAAAGCUGUUUUUGUGGAUGAUACAAGAUAAGAUGCCCUGGAUCUUUGAUUUUGGAUGACAUGCUAUGUUAUUGUCAGUGGUGGUUCUGUUGCAGUAAAUUGAUGAGAACAGGCUGUAAACAUGAAGUCAACACUGUGUAAAUCAUUACAGAGUUUAUUCAAUCACUACUCAAGUAUCAUCUGGGGGAAGUUCCAAAAAUAACCAGAAUCUUGUGUUUUUGAGUUUCACAGUGGGAGGGUACAUCAUUAAAUGGGCAUUUUGCACUUGAAAGUCACUUGGUUUGGAGUCUGUGUGGAGCAUAGCUUUGUUCAACUAAGAAGAUACUAAAUAUGCAGAUGUGGCAAGAGCCUUGGAACAGAAUUACAGGGGAGUGAUAUGUGUAUAUGUAUGUUUUAUUAAGCACCCACCUGCACUAUCAGUAUUGCACUAAUGUGGAAUUUGAGAGACUAUUGCUGAUACUGUAAUCUGCACACCAUUCCUUAGAUUGUUAUAAAGACAAUCUCAGAGAUCAAAGGUUUUACAAUUUGGUUUGAAACUAGAAUUGUCUUGAAGGAGUUGCUAAUGUACAUGAAGUCACUUGAGCUCUCUUUAUUCUCUUCUUGGUCAAGGUUAACAGUCUCUAAAUGAUUGCAAAUUCACUUAGGUAAUACAUUUACAAAGCCAUUUUACAUGCAUUAAAAGAGGGCUACAAUGUGUUUUACAAAUACUAGCACUUUUUUUUUCCUGUUAUGUACCUAGUGUUAGAGGGUCAGAAUAAUCUUUCUGCUUGGCAUCUCUUAAACCCUACCUGCAAGCAUAGCAGGCUUAUUGCAUUUACAGUUCUUUAAUACUUGUAUAAACUAUGCAGAAAUUUUUAAUAAAGUGUAAUAUAUUUUAUAAGCUAAUAUGACUGAAUGGGUAAAGGUUUUUAGCAUGCAUUAGUAUACUUGCAAAUACUGAAACAUUUUGGUAAUCUUUCUUACUAAAGAUGUGAAUGUUUAAUGUACCUUCUCUGUUUCUACCCUGUAGUCCAAUGGGAAUUCAGUAAUGACAUUUUGUCAUGUCAAACUGUGAACAUAAAUUUGUACUGUACAGUCCUCAUAUACUAUAUACAGUAUGCAAUAUAUGUAUUAUAUACUUGUUAAUAAAACCAUCUGAAUAUUACA